AUGUCAAUCGACCAACCAGCAACUGAUCUCUUUCGAUCCCUUUUACCGGCGACUCCAACCUCUCGAUCCCGCAAACCGCCCUCACGGACCUACAGCAGACGCUCAGUCCCGCCAAAGGCGAGUGGCGAUGAACCGCCGAAAAUUGACAGAGAGCCAGGCGCCACAGCCCCGGAUCCGGGGCGAGGAAGAUCGCCAGGGCAGCCACCUGUGCUUUCAACGGAGAAACAAGCCGAACAGCUGAAUCGCUCGGGCCGAGGAUCGAUCCUGGCCUACUUCAAGCCUGUUCCCUCAAAUUCUGACAAGGCACAAUCUGAAGCAUUUUCUUCUGACCCCAUCGAGCCCCCACCAACUUCGUCGACUUCGCCGCCGUUGCAACCGAGAAAGCGAAGACGGCUGACGACGCGGCCGCAACUCAGCGGCCUUUGUCAACAGUUGAAGGACGAUGGUCGUGACGGGACCGAUCCUGAGGAUGACUUGGGCGAGAAAAGUAGAGUCAACCGACCCAGAAGUCCACUAAGAGACGAGACCACCGCCCCUGUUAUUACGGGUGGUUCAGAUUGCACCAUGCGACCAGCAUUGAGCGAAGUGGCAGCCAACACCGUGGAUUGCCAGGAGGGCUCACAGCGCGCUUUGAUGGAGGGAAUGAUGAAGACCAAGAAGCAGCCAGGGAAAAGGCCAGCAAGAGACAUGACGCAGACGACACUCAGCCUCUCCAUCAACAAAGAGCCUGGCUUCACAAUAUGCGGUGUUUGCGACAUUCUGUACAACCCGCUGAAUGAAAAGGACAAGAGAGAACACAGCCGGCGACAUGCUGCCUAUUCCCGAAAGAGACGGCGAGCGACAACAUGA